AUGUUACGAGAUAACAAGGUACUUACGGAACUGUAUGUUUACAAUAAUGCAAUGCGUGAUGCUGGUGCUCAACAUUUCGCUGAUGCACUGCGAGAGAACAAGACACUUAUUAGGUUAGACCUUAGCGCGACUCAAACUGGUGAUGCUGGUGCAAGACACCUCGCUGAUGCAUUGCGAGAUAAUAAGCUGACUACUAACUAUUAUUUUCAAGCCCAAAAAUUUGUUUCAGAUAAAAAGCAUUCUAAAUACAUUUUAGGAUUCGCAACCUCUCGAGAAGUAUUUGGUUAUGUUCGAACUCAUAAAUCAUUAAUCUAUUCCCAUUAUAAAAAUCUUAAAAAUGAGCAUGGGUUUAAUUCAACAACAACAGCAACAUGUAAUUUUACUGCAUGCAAUUCUCAAGGAAUAUCAUGUUCAUCGAAUCUUGAUUGCGAUUGUUUUUCAUUAACAUCCAAUUCGAACAAAGGCAUAUGUGCUUCAACUGUUUUCUCUUGUGCAAGUGUUGUACGAUGUAAUAUGGAUAAUGUAACUUGUUCAAUCGAGAGUACAAUCUGUGUGAAUAGUGCACGAUGUGGUCAACCAAUAUGUUAUCCAUUACCCAUGGCAAAUAAACAAAUUUGUCCACCAAAAACUGUUACAAGACAAACAACAAGCACAACUAAAUCUACAACAAAGAUUACAACAACAACUCAAAAGACUACGACUACCAUUAAAACAUCAACAGCAACAACUACUCAAAAGCUUACAACUACCACUAAAAUAUCGACAACAACACCAACAUCAACAGUUCAUUCAGACAUUACAACUAGUCAAUCUGGUAUAACCCCUAUGCCGAAAUAUACAGCUCUACUUCUCAGUGAUUCUGAAGCAGCUGUACAAAAUUUAAUCAAUUUUUUACAAUCAGCUGGGAUCAGUUGUACUUAUAGUUCUAAUAAUGUUCAAUAUUAUGAUGGCACACCUGAUGCAGCUACCUUUGGAGUUGUGAUCAUUGUUAAUAGUAAUUCGUAUGGCUAUAAUAUGCCUGCCAGUGGACAACAGUCGAUUUUAAAUGCACAACAAAACAAUGCUACUGGCGUGGUCCUAACUGAAUGGGCAGCUUAUCAGUUCUCUAUCGGCUUGUGGACAACUUUACUUCCAUUGCAACUUUUUACACGAUCUUCUGGUACUACCACGAACAUAGAAAUGAAUUUAACUAUUCCAAAUCAUCCCAUUUGGACUAAUCUUUCUGCUUCAUUUACAAGUACAUCGAUAGUCGGUUGCAAUACAGGUGGAUCACUUAUUAAUAAUGGUACAGUUCUAGCCACCUGUUCGCAGUGCGAUGGAGGACCUGGAGUUGCUGUUCGACCUAGUUCCAUUCUAGCAACAGUAGGCCGUGUUGUUCAAAUUGCACACGCUGGUCACUUCAGUGCUAGUGAUGCAAACUUUAACUGGGCAAACGAUAUUAAUUUGAGCACUAUGAUGAUCAAUGCAGUUAAAUGGGCUGCUAAUCUUAUCUAA